GUCUAGUCUAACCCAAGCUCUCCGUUCUCUCCUGUGGAGUUAAGUCGCGUCUUUUUAUUUGUGCCUGUGCCUGUCUGCCUGCCUUUGUCUGAACGCCUGCCCGCGGGCUAUGUGCCGCUGCUCCAGCCCAGCAUCAGUCAGCCGAAUCAAUACCGACUCCCCGGCCAUGUCGUAAAGUCUCAGAUAGAGGGAGAUGACAGAAAGGCGGUGGUGUUGGACGGCGCCGUUGUACCUGGUGCUGCUGAUGACGGUGGUGGUAGCACUGCGCACGAUGCUGAAGCCGCAACCGGUGGCGGAAGUUGAGAACAAGCUGCUCAAGAUGGACAGAUCUCAGCUGAUCUUGACUUCCGCUCCCUGCAACAGUUCGGCACCUCCCGUCUGGAUAGCCAUCGUCAGCUCAGCACCCAACAACUCCUUCCACCGACAAGAGAUCAGGAGGACCUGGGGCCAGGGUAGGACAGUCGUAUUUCUCCUGGGUGCUGCAAGUCCGCAAUUACAACCGCUUAUCGAAAUGGAGUCGAGGCAGUAUGGGGAUAUCGUCCAAGGUUCCUUCGUCGAUUCCUACAGGAACCUUACCUACAAGCAUGUGAUGGGGCUGCAGUGGGCGAGCAACCAUUGUCCAGGCGCCAAGUACUUUCUCAAGACCGAUGAUGACGUUUUUGUCAACACGGUAUAUUUCGAAAACUACCUCCCAGGACUCCCAGAGAGGCGUCUUAUCCUCUGCCCACUCAUGGAGCGAGCUAUGGUUAAAAGAAGUUACAGAUCAAAGUGGAGAGUUACACAUGACGAAUAUUCUGAACGAUGGUAUCCACCUUACUGUAUGGGAUGGGUGAUCCUCUAUUCUCCUGAUGCUGCCUUAGCAUUGUCUAAUGAAGCUCUUAAAGAACCAUAUUUCUGGAUUGAUGACGUUCACAUAACAGGAACGAUUGCAAAAAAGCUGAACCUUACUCAUACACCUCUCGGUGAUCUCGGUAUAGGUGAAGAAAUUACUGAAGAAAUGAUUUCAGGAGAUCCUCGAACAGAUUUCAUGUUCAGCCUUACUAAACCGAAAUAUUUUCAAACUCUUUGGAACAUGGUCAACGAUAUAAUUUCAUCCACAACUAAAAAUGUCUAGUCGAAUAAGUAUGUUUAGCAUUGUGUUUUAAAACUGUUUUUAAUGACUUAGAUAAAAGACUUUAGUACAAAGUGUUUAUAAGUAUUAAAUUUUUAUUAUGGGAGAGAUUAAAUACUUCUAUCAAUACUAAUUUUUACUUAGUAUUCGAGUCUGAAUAAAUAAUAAAUUGAUAAACUGACUCAAAUUGCCUUAUGAAAGUUUAUACAGAAAAAACUUAAUUUUAGCAAAGUAAUUAAAUAUUUUUAUUCAGAUUUUUUAAUGUUAUAUUUAUUUUCUAAAUAAAUAUUUUUCCUAUAAAAUUACAUUUAUCUCAUCUGAUGAUCUUAUAUUUUACAGAUCCUAAGUUGAUGUUAAAAAAAUGGAAAAACAAAUUAUCUAAGUAUUAAUUGAAGUAUUUAAGUAUAACUCAGGAUAUAAUGAUCUAAUUAUAUGUUCGGAGAAUAUUUGUGAAUGAGUUUUUUGGUUAAUAUGUGAAGGUGAAAGAUAAUUAAACAGUCCUGGUCCUGGUGGUGUCAUGAAAAGUAUAUUGUUUAUUAUAAUUGGCAAGAUUAA